AUGGUCCCAUAUUCCUUCUUCGCCAAGGCCAUAUAUGCAGACAUGGAUGCCUCGGAAGUUCUUCGGAUUAUUGGCGCACUCAAUACGCGCACCCUCCAGGCAGAACGCCGCCAGGCGAGAGCCGAACAGGAGAUAGUCACCAUACGGGAAUCGCUCAACCAAUCCAGGAGCGAGUUGGAGGAAAUAGUCCGACUGACCGAACUUCUUUACGAGGUUAAUCGGCGAAUGGGUUCUAUGAUGGACUACCUAUUCAAAGAGCAUGGGAUCAAGCAUGGGCAUGAGGACGCCCGUUCAUUUGAUUUGAUGUUUGAUUUGGUGGUGAAGCGGCUGGAGGCGGAGGGGCCAGGGGAGCCUCCAAAGUGCGACCAUGAGGGUGGAGAUCUCACCGGCAGCCGUGCCUCCGCACCGGCAGAGCUGAGCAGUGGGCGAGGUGCAAUCUGA